CAACAUGGCUUUCUUCAUCUUCUUUUCUUGCUGUUAAUGGUUCUCAAUGCAGAAUCACUCUUCUUCAACUUCUCAACGUUCCACACAAACAUGCCAGAGAUUGAAUUCCAAGGAGAUUCAUUCUCUUCAGGGGCAGUUGUUCAGAUCACAAAGAACCAAGCAGAUGCAAGACUAACAAGCAGUGUUGGAAGAGUUUCAUAUUCACAACCUGUGCAUAUUUGGGACUCGAAAACCGGCAAAGUCACAUAUUUCACUACCCACUUCUCGUUCAUCAUGAAAUCUGUUGAUCUCAACUUGUAUGGUGAUGGGAUUUCUUUCUUUCUUGCUCCAUUUGAUCCCCAAACCCCACAAGAUUCAUCUGGUGGUUACCUAGCUCUGUUUAGUCCAGAAACGGCUUUUGGUAAUCGUACCAGUAAUCAGAUUGUAGCAGUUGAGUUUGAUAGCUUCAAGAAUCCAUGGGUGUAGUUGUGGGUUUUGGGGUUUUGGUUUGUAGGUUAGGCCUGUCUUGGUUCAUAUACUGUAAAAGAAUGCAGUAUCAGUUCAACUGCAAUGAAAUGUGUAAUAAAACCAGCUGCACUAUGAUUGAAAGCCUACCAGUUCUUAAUUUUAAGACACGGCCCUAGUUCAACUGCAAUGAAAUGUGUAAUAAAACCAGCUAGUAUUAUAUUUUCGUCCUCUAACCAGAUUGUUCUACACCAGCAAACCUUCUCUCAUAAACUGAGACAAGCCUCUAUCUUAAUCAAAGAUCUCAUGUAAAAGACUUCAACUUCAAGCAAA